UUGGAAAAAAAAUUACAGAUUUCUUUAUCCAUUUUUCAUCAGUAUGGCGACCAACGCAGAAAGUUAUGAAGAAAUUGGACAGGAACAAAAACGCUACUUUUACUACAGACAGUGUUUCAGCAUCUUCGUAACAAAAAAUAAUUUUGUUCUAUUAUCGUACAUCGCUCAUGGUGCCAUCUAUUCUAUUGAUAUGCGGUUUGCAUCCCACCUUACGACUAUCAUGAGGCCGGUAAAGCAGAAUAGCUUCUGUCAAAAUGGCCGAGUGUUUGUGGAAGGUUAAAUUCUAAUCGUCGCGACAAAUCAUUUAGGCGUGCGAAUCAAUUAUUUAAAGCCUGCGAGUGAAACGCGGGCCUAUUUUUCUGAGAAUAUGUUAUCAUUCGGUAAACGUAGUUUAUCCAAAGAGGACAUCAAAACCGCGGACAAAGAUGAGAAAGAGUCGCUAUUGGAGCACGACAGCGAUCUUGAUGAAGAGAUGCUGUUCACCCGACCCAGUACAUCAAGUGGAAAUGAAAACAUUGAUGAUAAAAUGGAUACCGUCAAGCUGCAGAUUCAGGAGGUGGCGGACGUGAUGCGGGAUAAUGUUCAAAAAGUAAUAGAUCGCGGCGAGAGACUGGAGGAUUUACAGCAAGCGAGCGAUCGUCUCAAUAUGACUGGAAACGAAUUUAGAGAAGCUGCGAAGAGAGCGCAACGGAGAGCAUGGCUCCAGAAUGUGAAAUCGAGGAUCAUCAUUAUCAGCAUUACUGUGACGAUCGUACUUUUUAUUGUUGUUUUGGACAUCAUGGUACUUUACCUGGUUCUCAGAUAACGAGUGUAAUGUUUCGAGCCUCGAUCAUUCAAAUUAAGGAUCCAUCGUUGUGAGAUUCGUCUGACUGAGAAAUCACCAAUAUAUUGUACAUGUUGUACAUUAAGAUUUUCUUCCCUUAAAUCAAUUAUAAGUAU